AAAGUUUUAGGAUUUUCCGAGGUGGCACUUGGCAGCACAGAACUUAUGUCAAAUUCGAUUUCUUAUUUCAAUUGUAUGUUUAAUUCUGACUUUGUGAUAAUAACUAUCAAAGUUAUUGUAAUUGUAUUACUUUAAAUUAUUCAUUAAUUAUCACAAAUCAACGUCGGAGGCUACGCCCUAUUUUGUACAAACUACGUUGUUGGUUUAGCUUUCAACAUAGGCCUAUCAGACACUGCCGUUAUGGAUAUGAUGGUAUCGACCUUGCAACAACAGCGUUCUGUAACAGAACAGCUAAGAAGAGAAGCUUCUAUAAAGCGCAUACCAGUGUCGGUAGCUGUGGCUGAUAUAGUACGGUAUAUUAAUGAACAUGAACAAGAGGAUUGUCUGUUAGUAGGCUUUUCGAGUCAAAAGGUUAAUCCUUUCCGAGAGAAAAGUUCAUGCACCGUCCUUUAAGGCUUUCUCAUGAAGUAUUUUGCACGGGCUUCAUUAUGUGUUACAUUAAGCAUAUAAUUGUUUUGAUUCUUUAAUUUUCCUAAUUGAGCGCUAUAUUUACAUUAAUAAUGAUGUUUUGGAGUAUAGAAUGUAUUAGAAGCAGGAUUGAUUCUAACAUGUGUAAAUGACAUCUCAACUGUAUAAUGUUUGUAAUUAAUUAAAUUAAAUAACGAAUA